AUGGCGUUCUCCACACAAAAAGAAUUUUUUCAUAUACCCUAUAUAAACGAAAGUUAUGAGCUUAACUGCACUGGAGUUUGCGUUAAUCUAAAGACUUAUCCAUCUUCAAUCGACGAUCGAUCAUGGUCAGAAAACGAAGAAAAAAAAUCGCGUUUUGUUGCCGAUUUAGUGGCAUGUAACAAUCCAAUUUUUGUAAAGCAUGGAAACGAAAAUUUCAAAAAUUUUAUAGACACGUAUGGUAGUAAUCUCCUGCUGGAAGACAGCUUAAUAAAUGCGGCCGAUGACGCAAUCGAUUGGUUACAAGAUCUUAUGAAAAGAAACAUCCUUAACAACCAGCUACCUGAAUCAGACAUGAAGCUAUUAUCGAUAAAAAUGGAUAACGCGGAGAUUAAGAGGAUUAUAAAUCAACGCUACAAUCGAGAUAAUGCUAGGACCCUGCAAGUAAAGCUAAAUGGCUGGAUAAGCUCAAAGAAUGAAUUGCACGAAGAGAAGGAACUAAAAGAAAUUAUAAGAACUAUCGAUGACAUGGACAAAACCCAGGAUUUACUUGAGGCGGAAAAUGCUUACCUAAAGCGUAUUAUAGAAAAACAAUCCAUUCGAUGCCGGCUCGAUAGCUUAGAAAUUAAUCCCGAGCAAAGCACAGACGUUGAGUACCUUCAACGAAAAAUUAACGAAAUGGCUAAAGAAUUAUCGCUACUUCGGCAAACCGAAGAUAUGCUUAUAAGAAAGUGCGCACAAAUGUGUAGAAGCGAGUGCAACGAAGCUUUCAAGAUUGAAGGUGUCUAUAUGAAUAAUGCAUUUUCACUAGAACAAGACAUUUUAAAUAUACAGAGAAUUCUACAAGAAAGAGAUGCUCUGCGUAAAAAGUGUAAAAAUCUGGAAGCGCUUGGUGAAAAGCUUAAUGCCCUAGAACAAAAAGCAAAUGAGGCAGAAAACAUUUCUGAGGAUCUUGAAGACAAUAUCAACCAGCAGAACCAAUACAUAAACGAUAUUCAGCAGGAAAUGGAUAAAAUGAAAAAUUACUAUGAAAAUGAAGUUGACAAAGCGAAAGGAUUAGAGAAACUUCUUACUUGCCGGUGCAAUCAAGUUAUGCAGGAGUUAUUGUCCGCCAGAUGUGCUGCCCAAAGGACAGAGUGCCAGCAAAUAGAAAUUGAAGAACUUCACCGACAAUUACUUAAACGGGACAUUGCCCUAAAUGAAUAUGAUUGUCAAUACCAGCAACUAAUGGUUGUGGUUUGUGAACUUAACCGACGGUAUUGCAAUCAGCAUGGCUCGGGCACUGGAGUGGUUCCUGCAUAUUCGCCUGAAAUGGGGGAUGAUCUUGCGUUUUAUACAAGGGUGACACUUGACCAUAUAAUGAAUGAGCUAUGCAAACAAUCCGAUUGCUUUAAGUUUAUUAAUCAGAACAGAAGCUCUGAAGAUCCAGCCAUUAAUUCGCUUGAGGAAUGUACGCUAGAACUAGGUCGCCUUAGAAAAUUAUUAACCCAACAAACGGAUUCUUGUCAAGCCGUCAAAAAUGAAAAAAAAGAAACAUCAUAUUCAGUAGAUAAAUGCAAUCAAGAGCUAGAACGAUUAAAUGAUCUUCUGAAACAAAAAGAUGAGCAAUUGGAAGUACUUAUUGAGGAAAAUGAAUGCCUGUGCAUGGCAGCUGAAAUAAGCAAAAAUAAGCUCGAUGAUUUGGAUAAUCAAGUCCAGAAACUAGAUGAAGAUACUAGACACAUGGAACAAGGCAUUGUGGAGAGCAUUGGACUUAUUCAAGACAUCGGAGAUGUGUCGCAUGAAAACGAAUUGCUUAAAGGGAAAAUAAGCCAACUGGAAGAUGGAGAGGCCCGUCAACUUAUUAGUGACCUUUCCAAACAAUUGGAAGAUUGUAGGGAGCAAUCACGUUUAAUUAGGGAAAUCAAUGACGAAAUGGGGAAGACAUUGCAGAAAUUUGGAAUAAAUCCAGAAGAAAUUGAAAACAAAGUAAAGCUAAUAGAAAGUUCAAAGCGAGAAUUUCCUGAUAAGGAUCUCUCUGGAAUGGAACCACCUGUACAACUUAAAGAACAUUUAAGCUCAAUAAAAGAAUCAGGCAAAGAUUUGGAAAAAACACUUUUGCCUGCUUCUAGACUUAGUGGCGAAGCACAAAACAAUGAUAUCAAAGAGCCGGAAUCUAUAAAGGAAGAAAAUAAAGGAACCGGACUUAAAACCGACCGCGAAGCUAUAAAUAGUCAUCUAUCCGGUAAAGUACAUGGUGUAGCAAUUGAAGGUGAAAAGUUAAAUGCUGUAGUACCUGAAUCCACAAAGAAACUUAUUGAAGAACAGGGAAGUGGAGCAGGUGUAGAAAUAGGAAGAGAACUAGGGGUAAAUAGUGGAUCAAUUCGUAGUCUGCUUAAAGCAAAUGAUUCAGUAGCUAAAAACAAAGAUGACGCAAUUACUGGGAAUGGAGGAGUAGGGAAUGAACAACAAACUGGUGGCAAACAGCAAAAUUUACAAAGUGCAAAAGAUGGAGUCAUCCCUAAUAGUUCCGUCACAGAAAAGCAUCUAGGAUACGGGGAAAGCGGAGGAACCAGAAAGGAAAAAGUAACUGCAACCGGUGAAGAAAAAAUACCAGCCCCUUUCUCAGGGCAAAAUGUAUCUAAGAUGGGACCUGCUGGUUCAGACCAAAACACAGGUCGUGGUAAAGAAUCAGUAAUCGGACAAAGUGUAAAGCAAGCAGUUCAAUCUAAUCGAAUUCAAAAGGCAACUAAACCUGAUAGGGGCGGUCUAGAUGAAGACAUAAACAUUAGAGAUCAAGGAGCAGAAAAAAAUGGAUCUAAUGAAGCCAAGCCUUUAGAGGUUCCUAAAUCAGGAGCUGGCUCUGCUCAAGCGGCCUCGCCUGGUUUAGAGGUUCCUAAAUCAGGAGCUGGCUCUGCUCAAGCGGCGUCGCCUGGUUUAGAGGUUCCUAAAUCAGGAGCUGGCUCUGCUCAAGCGGCCACGCCUGGUUUAGAGGUUCCUAAAUCAGGAGCUGGCUCUGCUCAAGCGGCCACGCCUGGUUUAUCACAAGGAAUCGGACUUACUGUAGCUCAAGAAAUGACUACUAAUCCCAAUAUUCCUUCGACAAAACAAGGACCAAAGUCUAUGAAAGUUCAUGAACCAACUAAAUCUACUGACCAGGGAGCAAUAUUAGGCCCCGGAGCCGUAAAGGAUGAUUUUGCGAAAUCUCGUGCCGAAGUAACUUUACCUGGAGACCAAUCAAAGAAUGUGAGAGGAAUAGGGUUAUCAGGUCAGCGGAAAAGGUCUUCAGCGGCGGAAGACACUAAAGAAUCCAAAUUCGGAAAUAAAAUUUAUAAAAAUAAAGGGGACAAGAGUUUAACAAGUGAAUCGGCAUCUAGCGGUCAUAUCAGCCAUAGCAGUAGUGUGCUUAUAAAAAUUGGAAUAAGUAACAAAAUGGGAAAACGGAUUUCAUCGCGAUGCAGAGAUGGUGGCCAAUUUGAUGAUUUUGUGAAGCACACUGUACAAUCAUUGUCAGCAGGUGAUAUUGAUGGUUGCGCACUUGAAAAGGAAUUGCGUAAAAUUCUAGACAUGUUUAUUGAUGAGUGUGGCUUUUGCUUUUGCAAGUGUAACGUUCCCAAAAGCCGAUUCUAUGCAAUCUGCCAUAAGCUUUACCAUCAUGGGCUACACACCCUAGAUUUUAGAGAGCUCACCUACAUGCAUAAGAGGAUAUAUGCUGCAGCGGAAAAUAUCUUGCCAGGCUGCUUGUUUAAUAUGAUAGUCAAGGAAAUGACUAGGUUUAGUUGUACCUCAACCGAUAAUAGACAGUACGCUUCAAACACAUUAAAUACCCAAAGUUUACAAAAAUGCUGUACUUGUAAAACCACGUUUUGUUGCGAUACCAAUGAAGAAAAAUUGUUGCACAAGGUUAUACGUCUGGAAAGUGAUAUAGAAAGCGCAAAGACAUGUCUUAAAAAUCUAAAAAGUAUUCCCUCUCAUCUCUCUAUUCCGAGAUGUAGGUUCAGUCUAGAAGAUUUUUCUGCUAAGUAA